AGCCAUCCAGAGACUUUUAGUCAUGGGGCAGCAUAGAUGGAUGGAUGGAUGGAUGGAUAGAACUGGGGGGGUUGGGGAGACUUUGGUACAGGGGUGCUGUGACCCUGUCAGGAGACAACAGGUGGGGUGAAUGUCCCAGUUAAGAAGUGUCUGAUGUUCCUGCCCUCUAGCAGCAGGAGCCAUCCUGAAAGUGAAGCCAGAAUCUUUCUGAAAGGAGGGGAAAUUGAAUUUAACUCUGCACAUGUGCAGGUGCUUCUCUCAUAUCUCAUUGGGAAUGUUAUUUGAUUUAUGCUGGUAUGUAAACUUUUGAGCUGUAAUACAGGGACUGGCUUCCAAGGUCUCUUCUAAGUUUGUGGAGAGAGAAGGGGGAGUGGGGAGAGACCUUCUCCUCAAAGGCACAAUCUUGUCUAGUUUUUUCCAUCUGCUAAAUACAUUUUUCUUUAAACAUGCCUUCCCUGACUGAUGAGCCAUUCUUUAUUGUAAAAUUUGAUUUUAAAGAUGUUAAUACUGUAUUUUGAUUUCUUUUUUCUUUGUAUUGUUCACAGCUUAAGAAUUUUAUAGGGUGUAACCCUAAUAAAAGAGAGAUGGCUGGCUCUAAGUUAGUGAAGGGACUGAUGGCUUCUAAAGCAUUACUCCUGCUCUUUGUUGAAUCUCUUGCAGAAUGUUGGCAUUACUUCUGCCAUUUUACUAGCACAUCAAACCUUUAAGCUCUUGAGGCAUUCAGUCUAAGGAUGGCUUACUAAAAGACUCUUUUUCUUAUAAAGCAUACAGUGGAAGAUCCUUGCAUUUGUGUCGUGAGGUCGUAACUCAAGUCCCCAAUUACUCACACAGACGCAGGCGAUAAAAACUAAAGACCUUUAUUCCGAACGACUACAAGAUUUAUGUUUACGACAUAGUGUAGGAGCUACCGCAGAGAGCUCUAAGCAACACAGUUGCCCCCUCCUUUCUGACCUUUCUGAGAUUUGUCACGGGGACCUCAAUCUCAUACGUCCCUCUCCACGGGGGUUGGACAAACUUCUUUCUCUCCUUCUCUGUUCUAAUUGGUCUAAGCGUCGAAGGUGAGAUCUGAAAUCACUUCACCUGUCCAGAGUAUACACCAACCUUCUGAACCAGAUCAGUGUUGCUACAGGUCCCAUUCCCUGCUUGCUGAAAGAGACUGCGGCACUCACUGGCCGAUUUCCAUAAAGAAUGCUGGAUAUCAGUUGACAGGCCCUGUUGGAGCCUGACUAGAUCUGGCAAUUUCUCCACCUUGGCUCCCAAGCCACUACCUGGCCUAUCAUGGGAGCCAAGACAUAUGACAGCUCAAUAUUCCCUGACCUUUCAUUCCAGACUACCAAAAGCUAAGUUGCGUGAUCAUACAUAUGUGACCCUCCAGUUCUGAGUCAUAAACUUCUGAUCCUUCCUUUCCUGCCCAAUCCUCUUGAUCACCCAUCUGGGUUGACUGAACAGCCAUUUAACCCUCCACACAGCUCUGCAGACCUAGGAUAAUUUUCUAAUCAGGUUCUCAUGCACAAUUUGGGACUCAGACCUCAGCAAGGCCCAAGCCCAGUGCAAGAUCCUGUCUUUGAGGCAAUCUAUACAGCGACAACAGGACAGGGUCAUUAUACCCCACUUACUGACCUUACUUGAUGCCAUCCACCAAGAGUGGAAGUCUUCCAUGUCUGUAGGUCCACCACCUCACAGACUUGAGAAUAUAGGAUAUGGGAAAGAGACGCUGAAUACCUUUUCCAGCAUCCACAUCCAGAUUCUAUUAUCUCCAUCCAAAUUGUGGAGUCCUGUCAACGACCAUCCCAUGGAGAAUAUUCCACCCCAUCUGAUAGAGAAGGCAAGCAUCCCAGUGCCACGUGGCGCUACUUCUGUUCAUCUACUGCACUUUCCACCAAGUUGGCCAACUACCAGGCCACCAUGGCCUGAUACCAACUCAUGUUAUGGGAGUGGAUGUCAUCACUUUGUUCAUCUCUCCCUGAAGAGACACAAAACCUGGCUAAUAAAAUAACUACUGAGGCUACUCACCUGGCCCAGCAGGAGAUUCACACUGCAACACAUCAAGUCAAAUGUGGUGCCAGAAACAUGGCAGACGUCAUAGGCCUCCAUUGCUUCACCUGGCUCCAUUCCUCAGGCUUAUCUAUGGAGGCAAAAGCCAGAAUUGAGGAUAUGCCCCUUGAUGGCCACCUCAUUGAAGGUACAGAUGACAGAAUGGACUCUGUCGAAAAAGCCAGGAAUACCUCUUGCAGGAUGAGACUCAGACCCCACCUUCCAGGUUGCAUGCCCCUCAUUAGUGGCACUGUUUAGUGCCUCAAUUUCAGACUAGGUCCCAGGCACCAACCUACUUCUCAGACCAGUUGCCCUGAUCCCAUGGCUCGUCCAUGUCAGGGUUCCCAUCACCCCUCCAAACCUGUUGACUCCUCUCAUCUGACAUUCUACCAUAGACUUAAACCAUUUUUUGAUGCUUGGGCUGAGAUUAUCUGAGACAAAUGGGUGUUCUCCAUUGCCCUCCAAGGAUACAGAAUUGAGUUUACUACACUCCCUCCCCUUGGCACCAUAAAAGCAACUGCCCCUUCAGAAUCCCUCCUCAAUGAGAUAUCCUCUCUGUUCCAGAAAGGAAUCAUUGAAUGGGUCUCUUUCUGUGAUCCUUCUGAUUUUUAUUCCGUCUAUUUCACAGUCCCAAAGAAAGAUGGCAGCCUUUGCCCUGUCCUGGGCCUCGGGCGUCAACUGCUUUAUCAAACCCAAAUGCUUCCACAUGGUCUCACUCAUGCCAUCCUACCACUCCUGCAAAAGGACGUCUGGUUUACGUGAGAACUUUAUUCCCCAAUGGGAAGACAUAACAUUGAACAGAUAGGUACUCUUCAUCACUAAAUUCAGGUACUGCAUAGAAUUUGCAUCCCUUCCAUCACUCAGGAUUAUAUGCAGUACCUCUCCAUCAGCCACCUAAUAAAAGGAGGUAGCAACACUGAUCAAAGGGAGCAAUUCGAUCCAUCUCGCUAUCUGAUCACGAAAGGGGAUUCUAUACUACCUGUGUUGGCAAGUACACUGGUUCAUCUUGAUACACUUAAUGGAUAUACUUAAUUGAUAUACUUAAUGUCCAAGACCUUUUUAUUUAAACAAUAUUUUAAUAAUUAUUAAUAUUAUUUAUUGGUUUUAAAAUCUUUUAGCCAGGAUGAAUCCAGAUUUUAUAUGUUCUUGUCUGAAUAACUGUUUGUUUAUGAUGUUGGAAGCUGUCCCGAGGCUUAUGCUAAUAGGACAGCAUACAAAAAUUCCAAAUAAAUAAAUACAGCAUACUUUUAAGUUUCUAUCCACCCGGAUUACUGACAUUUCCUAUGGUUUCAUAUUGGCACUGAAAGUUAUUAAUUCUGUGUACUCCUGUUUGGUCAUGCCAUAGCCCCACGAGUAAUCACAAAAUACAUGGCAGUAGUCUUUGUGCACUGUCAGGUUCAAAGGAUAUACGAUACUUAAAUGACUAGCUUCUAACCACCUUGUCUAAGAUGGACUUGAUGGCCUCAGUCCACACUACCUGUUGUCUUCUACAGAAACUAGGACUUUGCAUUAAUGAUGAAAAAUCUAUAGCUUCUCCCUCCCAGUCUAUCCUCCAUAUCAGUGCCAGACUGGAUUCAGUGGAUGCCAGGGCAUACCUGCCCCUAGACAAAGCAUCCACUCUUAUCUGGAUUGGUUUUACACCUCCAAAUGGAAGCCAGAUCUACAGUGCACCAAAUACAGCAACACUUGGGACUAAUGGCAGCUACAGUUUCUGUCAUACAAUAUGCUUGCUUGCAAUUGAGACUGCUCCAGCUAUGGUUUCUUUGAGCCUACCAACCAAACAGAGACUCCAAACGGAAACGCUUGGCUUUCCUACACACAGUACAGUGCAAUCUCACUUGGUGGACUGUGCACUCACUUGGUGAACUAUCCUUUCCAAUGGAAUUGCCUUUACCCCCAAGAAAUCAGACUUGGCUGUAACAAUGGACACUUCCCCUUGGGGAUGGGGAGCACAAUGCACCUGCAAAGAAACACAUGGAUUAUGGAACAAUCAAGAAUGCAGCAAGCCUGUCAAUUUCUUGAAGCUCCUUGCAGUGCAAAAAGUGCUUCUGUCCUCCAAACAGCUACUCAAGAACAGGUGCAUUAAAAGAAUGUCGGAUAAUGUUACAGUAGUGUAUUAUCUAAACAAACAAGGCGGUACUCACUCCAUAUCACUGAUCCAACUUACACUAUAAAUACGGGACUGGUGCCUGGAAUGGAAUACAAUGAUUGUGGCAGUCCACCUGGCUGGAAUUUACAAAAAACUGGCCAACACUUUGAGCAGAAGGCUGGGCAUGACUCAUGAAUUAGAGUUAAAUCCAGAAGUUGUAAAAUACCUUUUCACAAGCUGGGAAAUAUCAUCUGUGGACCUGUUUGUAACACUGAAGAAUACAGUGUGCAGACAAUUUACUUUCGAGCCAAAGCUGGCAGUGAGUCAAUGGGUGAUGUAUUCCUCACACAAUGGAACAGGACUCACUUUUAUCUAUUCCCCCUUUCCCGCUGAUUACAAAAUUAAUCACCUAAAUCCAAAGGGACCACACCAGCUAUAUUAUAGUGAGCCCAUGAUGAUCUCAGUUGGCAUGGUUUGCAGACAUGCUUCUCCUGUCCAAUCAGAACUUCACAUGAUUCCUGAUGAGAUGAGACAUCUUAUCUGAGGAUGGAGGGCUAGUCUUACAUUCAUACAUUAAGACCAAAUGUCUGACAGUGUGGAGGAUCACUGAGUAGACAAGGGAGUUCUCCUACGACCUGAGAUACAGUUAAUCCUCAGUGCUUCACUCAAACCAAACACCAGACAAUCAUAUGAAACAAAAUGGAAGUAAUUCUAACGUUUCUCCAAAAGGCAAGGUUUUGAACCAACCACAUCAUCCAUCCAUCAAAUUCUCACCUCCCUGAUUGACCUUCACCUCAAAGGUUUGAAACCAUCCUCUAUUAGGAUAUACUUAGCAGCAACAUCCUCCUUUCAUGGAAUGAUCCCUUUUCUUGCAUCUUCUUGCCAGAUGGUUCCUUAAAGGACUGCAUAACCUUGUACCUCCAAUCCAAUCAAAUUUGCUGGUAUGGAGCCUUUCACUGGUUCUGAAAGCUCUCACAAAGCCCCUAUUUGAACUUAGCUACCAUCAACCUCUUCCUUCUCUCCUGGAAUGUGGUGUUUUUAGUAGCUAUCACAUCAGCCAUAUGGGCUUGUGAGCUGUGUGCUCUCGAAAUUGACCCAGCCUUCCUGAUCUUCUAUAAAGAAAAGGCAGUUUUCUCACCAGACCACUCUUUACAACCUAAGUUAGCUUGCUCACCAGAUUUCUUUAUUGCAGCUCACAGUUUCCCAUCAUGGCUGCGCUUCCUGAAGUGCCUAAUCCCUGCCCUGGCCUGAACCCUUCCUCCUUCCUGGAUUUAGGGUAAGUGGCAUCACGACUGGGAUGGCAGCGAACUCUGCAUCCUGGGUGCAGGUUUUCCCCUCGCUGCUUUUGUUGGCCUGUUGGUGCCUUGGUACUGUCCAACAGGCAAAGCCAGCCAGUUUCAGGCUUCUUCAUCUGAAGCCUCCUUUUCCACCUUUUUUCCUUUCUUUCCUCUUCUUCGUGUCUCUCUCAUUCUCUUCCUCUUCCACCCCUACAUUUCUGGUAUGACCUCCUCCUUUAUUCCCCCGUUUCAACUGCCAUUCCACCCAGCUCAGCUGUUCUUGCCCCAGCCAAUAAUCCAGUGCAGCAGUGCCCGCACCCAUUCAUCCUGGCAAUCAGAGUCCUUGUUCCUUGUUCUGCCCAAGCACAUUCCUUGCUGUGCACCAUCACAGUUGGCCUCUCUCUGCUGGACACCAAGGGAAGAUGGGUGAGCCCCUCUACUUCUUCACAGUCCCACACAGAACUAUUCUGCCAAUCUAAAAGACUAUUUGUCUUAUAUGUGGAAAAAUCAAAAUCAAAAAAUGAACUCCAUAACUCAACAGUGACUAGUUCACUGGAUUGUAGAGACUAUCAAAAUAGGCUACCAACUAGCUGGACUGGACCUUCCAGAAAAACCAAAAGUACACACUACCAGAGCAGAAGUUAACUUCCACAGCACUACAUGCCAGUGUAUCAGUAGAAGACUUAUGUAGAGUGACAAUAUGGUGCAGUCCAUUGACAUUCAUUCAGCACUACAAGUCUGCUCCUUUGGACAGGUGAUCUUAUCAGCCUUCCACUGAUGACACCAUUCCACUUCCAUUCCUCAAUAAGCUAGUUAAUCGACCAUAUGUAUGCUGCACAGAGAUCACAAAGAAGAAAGGCUGGUCAUCUAUGCAUUUACACAACCUGUCCACCAUCCCAUCAGUAUCAAUUACCAUAUUAUAAUCAGCAAAGGCAGCUUUUGCACUACUUUCACUUAUUUUUCUAUCUGUGCUGUGCUGGUGAGAAGGCUGGAAAUGGCCAUCCUUUCUCUGGUUCCAAUGCCCAAGCAACCAUCUCACCAAAACUGGAGAAAAUAGUGGGAGCCCCACCUUUAUAUACCAUGUGGGGGAAGGGUGCAGGCUCCUGCCAAAAUGCCUAGCUAGGGAAUCUCUCUCUCACUCUCUGACGACAGGCCUCAUGCAGGUGGAGAGCUGUGAAUGCACAGAUGAUCACUCAAAGAACGUCGGUUACCAGGUGUAAGACAAAAAUAUAUCCAGAUAACCUUCCUACAACAAGUGUUGUCAUUGUCUUUCACAAUGAAGCUUGGAGUACUCUCUUGCGAACUGUUCAUAGUGUCAUAAACCGGUCACCACGACACAUGCUGGAAGAAAUUAUUCUGGUAGAUGAUGCUAGUGAAAGAGACUUUCUGAAGAGACCCUUGGAGAACUAUGUGAAAAAGUUAAGAGUACCGGUUUAUGUGAUUCGAAUGGAGCAGCGUUCUGGACUGAUUAGAGCCAGAUUGAAAGGAGCUGCCGCCUCUAAAGGCCAAGUCAUUACUUUUUUAGAUGCACAUUGUGAAUGCACAGUAGGGUGGCUUGAGCCUCUGUUAGCACGGAUAAAAGCUGACAGGAGAACAGUAGUUUGUCCUAUCAUUGAUGUAAUCAGUGAUGAUACAUUUGAAUAUAUGGCAGGCUCUGAUAUGACUUAUGGUGGAUUCAAUUGGAAGUUAAAUUUCCGAUGGUAUCCUGUUCCUCAAAGAGAAAUGGACCGAAGGAAAGGUGACAGAACCCUUCCAGUCAGGACACCUACAAUGGCAGGAGGCCUUUUUUCCAUAGACAGGGACUAUUUUCAAGAGAUUGGGACAUAUGAUGCUGGAAUGGAUAUAUGGGGUGGCGAAAACCUAGAGAUUUCAUUCAGGAUUUGGCAGUGCGGGGGGACUUUGGAAAUUGUAACCUGUUCACAUGUUGGACAUGUUUUUCGAAAAGCGACUCCUUAUACUUUCCCAGGAGGCACAGGGCAGAUUAUUAAUAAAAAUAAUAGACGACUUGCAGAAGUUUGGAUGGAUGAAUUCAAGAACUUCUUCUACAUAAUUUCCCCAGGAGUUACAAAGGUAGAUUAUGGAGACAUAUCCUCACGACUCGGACUAAGACACAAGAUACAGUGCAAGCCUUUUUCAUGGUACCUUGAGAAUGUUUAUCCCGAUUCCCAAAUUCCACGUCACUAUUUCUCUUUGGGAGAGAUAAGAAAUGUGGAAACCAAUCAAUGUCUUGAUAACAUGGCAAGAAAAGAAAAUGAAAAAGUUGGGAUUUUUAACUGUCAUGGAAUGGGUGGUAAUCAGGUUUUCUCAUACACAGCCAAUAAAGAAAUUCGAACAGAUGAUUUGUGCUUAGAUGUCUCCAAACUUAAUGGCCCUGUCACAAUGCUCAAGUGCCACCACUUAAAAGGCAAUCAGCUGUGGGAAUAUGAUCCAGUGAAAUUAACCCUGGUGCAUGUGAACAGUAACCAGUGCCUGGAUAAAGCAUCUGAAGAAGACAGCCAGGUACCCAGUAUUAAAGACUGUAGUGGCAGCCGCUCUCAACAGUGGCUUCUUCGUAAUGUCACACUUCCAGAAAUAUUCUGAAAAGUUUCUAACAGGAGGAUUCACUGGACUACCUCAGCAAGAACAUUUGCUACAUUCCUGCGUAGCAGGAAAAGGCUGCAAGAUUUCUUGGCCACUGGAGCAGACUUUUCUAAAUCUUUGGGAGCUGUAAGCCAGCCACACUGAUGUUACGGAUAUGGAAUGAACUAUAUGAGUACUUGUGAACCCAUACGCACUGAUGUUUACAAGAUAUUUCUACAAAUAAACUUUUUAUAGAACACUUAAACAGUGGAAACCUUAUCAAGAAAAUAUGCUUUCCAGAAAGUGGCACAACCUAGUUUGCUUGUACAUCAGCAACCUUAGAUGAUGGUGGUGUUACAAAGAUCCUAUGAUUUUUUUGCAAGGCUUAACAUUAACCAUGAUAAUCAAACAUAGGCAUAAAUGGAGCAGAUUGAAUAACUCAACAGAAAAAUCAUUGGAGAAAGAUACAGGGUUUAGAGGCAAGAAACCAGAACUAUAAAAAGUACAAUUUGUAAUACUAAAUAUCAAAUUUAUAUGUAGAUUUUUUUUACCUCAGUGAAAAAAUAACAAAGUGAGACAAACAUGUUCUCUUCAUUUGUGUGGUAGUCCAUUUAUAUAUAUAUUCAUUCAUUCAUUCAUUCAUUCAUUCAUUCUCCUCAGUGGGCCUGAACAUAAUUUGGGCAAAAUCAAAAUUGAACAUAAAUAAAAUUGAAUCUUUGAAUAUCCAUUUGAAAAAUAAUUUUCAUUUUGGCUUAUGGGCUGUUGGAACUGUUACUACAUCUUUUUUAAUUUUCUGGAAACUGGAGGGUCAGCAUCAUACAUCCUUUGUGACUAGCCAUUUCAGUUGAACUUGAGUCAAGCCAGUUUUUGACAUUCCAUCACUUGUCUUAAAAAUUUGUUAGUGCUUUCUAAAUUUGUUAAUGACUGAUGAUGCUUGUCAGGUCUCUUACUACUGUACUACAGAUUUUGUUUUCAUAGCAAUAAAUAUUUCAUUCUUUGAUUCCAUUCAUCAGAGUGUACAGAUAUGGUAGUUGGCAUCUGAAUGUUUUUGGGAAACAUUUUCCAUACCAUGUUUGGAUAUCAUUCUUAUUUAGAUUUUUGAAUUGUAUUGUUGAUCUGCCUUUUAAAAAUAAAAUCUAAAGAAAAGA